AUCCGUUGGCCCCCCUAUCUGCAUACCACCCGGGGGAGUCGCCCCGUCCUCCUCCUGCUCCGGCUCGCGCACGCCGGCGCUGCUGCUGCACAGCAUGAGCGACCUCCGAAGCGCCCCAUCACCAUCUCGACCACAGACACCCCUCCCCUGGCCUCCGUUGCCGACAACAUCAGCGGAGACGAAACCGUCACCUCAUCCAUCUCCUCCGCCCUCCACCCCCUCGAACUCCUCCUCCUCGUCUUCCUCUUCCUCCUCUUCCUCCUCCUCAUAGGAGUCAGUGUCGUAGUGGGAUAAGGGAUUUGGUGGCCGAAGCGGAUCUCAGACGAUAGCGCCAUGGGAUUCUAACCCCGCAACAGGCAAAAGAGUGGAGGGGAGGUGGGAGAGAAGUGGGCGGCGACAAAAGCUUGGCUGGACGUUGUGUCCGGUUAGUGGAUAGUGCCAUAGCGGCGGGCGGGUGGCCGGAUCGCGACGGUCGCCGCGUUCGCGGCGUGGUUUGCGGCUGGAUUGCGGGCGAGCGGGCGUAGGAGUCGGGGUCAGUCUACGACGGUCCGCGGCUGGAUUGCGGGUUUGCAGGCGGACGUAAGGAGGCGGGAACAAUUUACAUUAGACUCUUAAUAGUUAGUAGAAAUAAGGUACUGUAGCAACGCACAAGUAUCUAACUAUCAUAGUAAUAUUUGUUAUUCUAUAUCUAAGUUUUAUAUUAAUUUUUAACUUUGGUGACAACACAUAUUCGCUGCUGGUAUGGUCGAGCCCCCGCAGCACAAAUCCUCAAGCACCCCAAAACGGCAAAACCCAUCAGGUCCCCGCCACACCUCGAUACUCUAACUUCGGCCGCCGCCGCCGCCGCCGCCGCCGCGAAUGCCGGAGCCCCAGGCCAUCCUCCCGCUGCGCGCUCUCCCGCCGGACGCGCCGCUGCCCUUCCCCGUCCCCGCGCCGUUCCACCCCCAAGCCCCCGGCCCCGGUGGGACCGCCCCGGCCACGCCCCCGAACCCGACCCCUCCGCAACCGUUAACCCCCGCCGCGCCGCCUUCCUCCUCUUCGACGCGGCCGCCGCACCCAUGGGAGAUCUCCGCGCGAGCAUGGCUAGAGUCCUUCCCCGACGGACGGCCGCCCACCGAGCCCGAGGUCGACGCCUACAUCGACGUGCACCGCCCCGAGCUCCCUUCCCUCCCCCGCUCCCAGCUACACCAGCGCCUCCUCGCCCUCCGCGGCGACCAGGUUCUGGAUGCAGACCAGAGCGCAUUCCCGUACAGGUUCCAGCGUACUGAUCUAUGGAAGCCUGUGUACCAGUGGUUGGAAUCUCUUGAGCUGGACUCACUAGUUGCUACACAGCAGAUAUCAGACUGGCUUACAUCGAACCCAAAGAUAAUGGACAGAAUGGUUGAGAAACAUUCAAAAUACCAUUUGAUUCACUACACCCAGAGGAUGCACUUGAAGAUGCUAAAAAAGAAGGGAAAGUUGCCAAAGACUCUGCAACUUUCUGCGGCUAGAGCCACAGUUCGACCAAUUGCUGCUCCGUUCACUCCAGAAGAAAACAUUGUGCCGUUACAGAAAACUAUAACUCCAGUGACAGGUAGACUUCCCAGUGCCAGUUCAGGGAGACAACAGAGCGGUACCACAGGCAGAUUUUCCAGUGCCAGUUCAGGGAGACAACAGAGCUGUACCCCAGGCAGAUUUCAAGGUGGAAAUGCAACUCUUAGGGACAAGAAGACGUCAUUGUCCAAAAAGAAAGAAGCUUUGCUCAAAUACGAACUUUUGACAGACUUACAGAACCAAUUGACUGCUGUGCUGUUAAAGCAAUGCCGUACUGUUGCCAUUAAAGAAACAGAUUCAUCAUAUGUGGAAUCUCCAAAUCCAGAGACUAACAUGAGUAUACAAGGGACCACUACUGCAAAUGCUUCAGCCCCUUCAGAGGCAAAGAAUGUGUUUAUCAAUGAACAGUCAGUUCCAGCAGGAGCCACAGAAAGUGAACCUGGGCAUAAGAGGAAGAGAAACCCUAUCAUCGUUACACCUGCAUGGUGUUAUAGUGAAGCAUCAGCAGGAACCUUGCAGAAUGAAAUAAAUCCUAGCUCAAAUAGUGAUGUUUCAAGAAAUUUCAAUAUUUGGAGAGGACAUGCUAAUCCACUAGUUUCACAUAGAGAUACUAAGAAAAAUAUAUUAUUCUGUCUUGAGGGACGCGAAACUGGUGUCAGCUGCUCUCAAGCUGCUUCUUAUGGAGGUUAUGCUGGACGAAAUUGUGAAAGAUGGACUCCAUUUCUUGAAGGAUGGAAUUCACCUGCAUUCCAGUUUGAAGGGCCUGCUGUACAUGUUGUUAGAAAAAGUUACCUAUCUUGGUGUCCAACAUCAUGUGCUUAUACGUCAAGUGCACCUUCUGCUCAGCCUCAUGGCAGGCAAGGUAUCCGCAAAGUUCUUGAUGUAAAAUUUCAUCCAGAAGGGUUGCCUCAGCUUGUUUCUAGCUCUAAUGAGGCACCCAAUGAAUUACUGCUAUUCAAUCUGCUUUCUGGAAGGGCAAUUCAGCUUAGAGGCCACAAUACUAAGAUCCAGUCUAUCGCCUUUGCAGUCAAAGGAGCAAGUGUAGUGUCUUGUGCUUCUAAUUUAUUAAAGGUAUGGGACUGCAUUACUGGGUCUUGCCUCUAUACGCUGGGUGGCGAUGAUCAAAAUUCAGUGGGGCAUACUCAGAAAAUAAAUGCUAUGGCAGUGAAUAAAUGGCAAUCCUGUCUUGUUGUCACCAGUGGAGCAAAAGGUGAUGGGAAGCUUCUACUAUGGAAUGCUUUAAGAGGUGAACUUGCUUCUGAUCUAAAUUCGAACUUGAGGUCUCAGGAUAUGAUCUAUCCCUCAGUUGAUACAAUGGAGUUCUAUAGUGAGAAUCAUCUGGCAUGUGGAAGUGAUUGUGACUAUGGUGGCUCAGCUGUGGUACAAUUAUGGGAUAUUGAUUCUCCAGAGUCUUAUUUAUCUUUCUCUGCAAGUGACUCUUACAUUACUUCCCUUAAAGUCAACCCUGCUGGCAACACUCUCAUUACUGGUUCUGGCGAUGGGACUAUUGGCUUAUUUGACAUCCGUACUUGUUCUGCAAUUAGCCACUUGUCAGUGGGAUCUAGUUGUGAGGUUACAUCUGUUUCAUUUAGCAACUGUGGCACCUAUUUUUCUGCUUCUAGCACAUCAAAUAAUACUUUGGUAUGGGAUACAAGACUUGUCCCAAUAAAUCAAAGCAAGGAUGUUUUGCGAAGCAGAGACAUGCGAUUUUUUCGGCCUUUACAUUGCUUUAGCCAUGGAAGUCAGAUGCCUACUGCAGAAUACACAAGUCAACUGCCAGGUCAUGUUGACGAGGGUGAUCAGGGGGUAAAUGCCACACAGUGGCUGCAUAACGAACCUGUACUUGUUACUGUAAGUGGUGAUGGCAGUGUUGGAAUGUGGGACGUUACUUUAGGUCAACCUUGUGUCAGACAUAUCGUUGCCCAUACUCGAUGUGCUAAUGCGGUUGCUGUGGCCCCUAAUGACAAAUACCUCUGCACAGGAGGAAGCGAUCAGAAAGUUGUUUUAUAUCAUAACAGAAGUGGGCGUACACAUCUUAAUUGGCGUCUUUCACAUCCUCUGCAAGGAAAUGAUUGAUAUGCUGCCAGAAAUCAUAGAAUUGUUCCGCUAACAUGCAGGGAAGUUCUCUAAGGCAGGCAGUUGAACUUUGGCAGAAACUUGGUUGCUCCAGAUGGAUGUGGAGCCAGGACUUGUAUUGAAGCUUCUGCUUGAUGGACGGCUGAAGCUUGUGUUGGCCCUUGACAUUAUUGAAUUCUCGUGCCUCUUUACAAGUAGAGUCUGUAUCUUUUUGUUCUCCUAUAAAGAAAUGUUCAUGAAAUCAAUGUCAUUCUGACUGGUAGUAGGUCUCUAUUCUUAGAUUCUGUUUGGAUAAGGGGGAUGGAAUCCAAAUCCUUAGGAUUUAGUUCAACUUUGAACUAAAUUUCUAGAGCAACCCCCUUAUUUGAGCACCCAUGUAUGAGCCAGAUUAUGUGAUUCCCUGUACCAUCAACCAGUUGACUAAUAAAUACUCACCUGUUGCCUGUAUUUCUCUUCUUUUUCUUUGAGUUUGAACAUGUAGUCUUUCAACAUUGCCAGAAGCGGGAGCUGUAAAAGCUUAUGUUAGUAGUUUUGUUCAAGAAAUUAAGACUUUCUAUCAUUUGGAAUCAGCACUUGAUAGUCAAUCUAGCUGACUUCCAUGUCUAUUUGGUUUUUUAAUGAAAUAUUUCAGUUUAUGGUUCCAAUACAAGAAAUUUGCUGCAAAGGUUGUUUUUACAGGUACAGACUAAAUAGUUAACCAUGCAAAUACAGACAUCAGUAUUUUUUUGUUAGGCCGUUUGUGCAAUGUUUACUUAUGAAUUUAAACUGCAUAUGUUAAUUUAUUUACCAGUACUACUUCGUGGUGUCUCGUGUGAUUAUUUGUAGAAUAUUAAUUUUCUGAAUUAGUUAUUGGUUUAUGGUAAUAUAUGAUCUUUUUGGUAAUGCUAGUGCAGUAUUUUCCAUUUUUUUCUUUGAGAAUCACAAUCAUUUUUGUUUAUUGCUUCUUUAUAGAUUAAGCUGAGUGUAGUAGUACACUCUUAUCCAUUUUGAUUUGCAGUGGCAACAUGUAUUCUUCGUAUGGUCCUCCGAGAAUUUCUAACCCUUUUUUUAUAUCACUACAUUUUAAUGCUAAGGAAUAGGUUUGUGCUAGUAAUCUGCCUAUUGCUUGUUUUUCUAUGUACCGGAAUGGAAUAGCUGGUUUGAACAUGUUAGCAUUUCUUCCAUGCCUUGCUGUCUGCAAAAUAUACUUCUACUUAGCAUCAGCCUAGAAGUAUGUUCGCUUCACUGUUUUUUUUUCCGAACACACUGGAAAGCUGUGUAUCGUUAUAUUAAGAGAAAGGGGGUUUAGAAACCCUGGGAACAACACACACCAGUACGCCACACACAUGAGAGCAUACCCACCAAAUGUAUCCCUCACUGAAGACAGGAAGCGACACUCAACCAAACCUACAAUCUAGAACAGCUAUUCUAGAACAGUGUCACUUUGCUUUCAUGAACAGCUAUUCUAAGCCCUCUGUUCCAAACUAGUUUUAUCCUGUGUUCCCUACAUUCCACUGCAGCUUGGAGGUCUUGGCAUAAAUGAAUGGAACUUGUUGAUGUUAAUGCGUUUGUCUAAAAAGAUCUAUAACAUCAAAUUAAUUUCAUUAAAUUCUCCAUGAAACAUGCCUUGAUAGUGCAUUUAUUUGAACUUGUUGAUGUUAAUGCGUUUGUCUAUAGAAAAAUGCACCUAACAUCUAUAACAUCAAAUUAAUUUCAUUAAAUUCUCCAUGAAACAUGCCUUGAUUGUGCAUUUAUUUGAACUUGUUGAUGUUAAUGCGUUUGUCUAAAAACUUCACCAAAGGUAGAAAAUUUGAUUUAGGACAAAGGUAUAAUGAACUAAUUUGGAAUGUAGGGAACAUUCAUUUAUUGUACUUAAUACCCCUCAAAUGAUGGCCUUGGAAGAAUGCUCUUGUCAACGAUGAUGUAGCAUAAUUACAAACUAUAAGGAAUGAUCAUAUAGCUUUUCUUCAGGU